AUGCCACCCUGCCCCCCCUCGGUAGACGUCCGCAAGGCCGAACCCACCGAACCCGCUUCUUCUAGUGCCACCACCGACGCGGCAAACGCAGCGGUGGUGCAUGUAGACGGCGAGGAGAGUUCAGCGGCGGCGUCAGUGGUUCCCGCCGUCCCGUCGUCUCUGGUGAAGCCUUCCUUUGACGCGUGUAUUCCGGAGGUGGUGGGGCUGCUGAUCGAAGACCUCUUCGGGGAGUCGGCCGCCGCUAAGGAGGCCCAAGGAGCAAAAAUUGCCUCGUCCAAGAUUAAGGAGGCUAAGGGGCAGAAGGCCUACGACUCGUUCGAGAACGCGGCGAGGACCUUGCUCUUCCGGCCGACUUUCACCGUGCUAGCGCCGGAGGACGCGGCUUUGGUGUCAUCGGUGCACGCCCUGGUGGGCCCCGUGCUUUCCCUCCUAGAGGAGUGCGAGAACGCCAGGUCGGUGGGUGAGGCUAACGAGGCCCUCACGAGGAUCGAGAUGGGCCUGGCGGCUGACCCCAGCGUGACGGAGUCGGAGAUGCUCCUCUACGUUCAUGCGACCGUGGCGCCGUUCCUUCUCCCCCAGACAUCGGAGGAGGGCGACGACGAGGUGGAAGAGGGAGACAGCGACGAUAUAGGCGACAGCGACAGUGGUGCGGGGGGGUCGACAGCCGCGAGAAAGAAGGUCGGAGGGGGCUCCGCUGGCGGCGGGGCGGCGUCCUCCGCCCUGCAGAUGGCCUCCGAGGGUAACCUGAAGGGCCACUCCCGCCUCCCCGGGCGAGAGUGGGAGUCCGUGCAAGUCUUGGAUGGCGCUAGCGCUUCCAAGCACACCGGGCGUGACCGUCACGAUGGCCGCGCCGCCGGCCGCCAGCGUCCGACAGUGGGAGGUUCCGCCGCAUCAUCACCGUCAUUGUCGCGGGUGAGGGGGGUGGACCUGGGCGACCCCGCGGCGCUCGGGGCGGUGACGCUGGCGAUGGGGCUGCUGCACUCGCGGCUGAAGGCGGAGGUGACGGUAAGGGGGGCCGGCAGACGGGUGGCGGCGAUGGAUAGGCGGGGGGAGGCGGUGCGGACCACGGCGGACCCGUUCGUCCCGCUACUAACGAGGGGCGGGGUCGGCGGCAUCAGGGGAGAGAUGGGCCAGACGUGCUUCAAGGCUCUGUCGAUGCUGUUCAAGAGCCAGGUGCAGCUGAGGGCCCUCCUGGUUGUGUUGCAGAUGGCGGUGGCGGAGACAGUGCACCAGAACGCCACCUUCACGCUGAUCAAGGCCGUCGUUGCCCGGAGAGUCAUGCUGCCCGAGGUAUACGACCUCAUGACCAAGCUUGCCGAACUAGCGGUCACGAGCCACCGACCGACGCUGCGCGCCACCUCCGGCCAGACCUUCCUGACCUUCCUCCUGCACUACUCCCGGGGGAGAAACGGCUGCAGUUUCGCCUCAACCAGGGUCUCCCACGAACACGCCGAGGGGCGCCUCGCGGCCCUUAACCUGUGCUCCCAGCUCCUCCGACGGCUCCCGGAGCCCAACCUCGACCAGCUCUCCAGCGUCUUCUACCUCGCCCUGGUGGUUCGCCUGGUCAGCGAUCAAGCGGCGGAGUGCCGAGCCGCCGCGUCCACCGCCGUCCGGACCCUUCUUGGCCGCGUGUCCCUGCUGUGUUCCAGGAGCUCUUGGAAUUCACGGGGCAGUGGUUCGGGGAGAAGGAUGCGGGGGCCCCGUCGGGGGCGGGAGGGGGGGAAGAAGACCCCGGGCUCCGGCGAACGGCCGCUCAGGCCUGCGGGAUUUUCGUACAGGCGAGGCCGGAGCUCGUGCGGAAGGCGGCGGGGACCGGCGGCGGGGGCCGGUUGCCUUGGAUGCUGUCGGCGCUGUCCUUGA